AUGCAGCUGCUCGCUCGCUCCGCCAAACCUCGACGCUCGGGCUCGGGCUCUCGGCUUGUAGGCACGCCGCGCACCAUCAUAUUCUCCAAAGACCACUUCAAAGCACAUGCUCUCGGUCGACGGAGCUUUCACACCUACUUCGUCACCCACCUACCGUCCUCGUCCCUUCACCCCGAUUCGUCCACCUCUUGGGGCCCCAGCCACAAAAUGCCUCGCGAUGCCUCGACUCCCCACACGCCGGGCCCUCCUGGAUCUGCUCCGGCCGUCGCUCUGCCCAACAUGCCGGGCCGAGACCUCACUGUGGUAAGGAUACCGUUGAGGCGAGCCAAGCAUCAUUUUGGCUCAUGCACCUCCAGAGGAAGUCGGCCCUACAAUGAGGAUGCGGACCAGGCCGGCAUCGUAAACAUCCCAGCAUUUGCCAGAAGGGCGCCCAUGAGCGUCAAGCAGAAGCCGGGCGAGGCGACUCCCGCGGACAGUGCCUCGGGUGACCCCCAGGUCUUUUACUUCGCCGUCUUUGAUGGCCACGGAGGGUCCCAGUGCUCCCAUUUCUUGCGUGACGAGUUGUACGGCUACAUCGAAGAGGCUGCUUCUGAAUUCGACUUGCAGAGCACCCUGCGCAAGAAGAAGCCCGGACGUGACGUCCACCGUUCUCCCUCGCCGCCGCCGAGUGAGAUCGAGACCGAGACACCAGCUCGCGGCUCAGCCAACAUGAAAGAAUCAGGCGAAUCCAAGGACAAGGCGAAUGCCCCUCCUCACGACGGCGGAGCUGGCUCGGACAAGCAGCCAACGAGCGGCGCUGCGUCGCCCAGCACUUUUCCAGUUCCCGCCGAGGCUCACAGUCACACGCGAGCAUUGCAGCUGCAGAAGGACCUAGUCAAGGCCUACGGAGAUGCCAUCGGCGGCUACUUUAGGCGAUUUAGCCCCGAGAACUUCAACGACCAAGACGCGAGAAAGUCGGACCCUGACGAUUCCGACAUGCCGCUCAACCAUGACGAGAUUCUCGGCGCGCCCCACGCCACCCCUUCUGGCCACGGCAUCGGCGGCACAACGCGCUUCAAGGGUGGCUCCACGGCGUCGGUGGCUCUCAUCUCGACGCCGACACCCGCGCCGUUUUGGCAUCCCGGCGCGCAGUCGACGCUCCUUGUGGCGCACGUGGGCGACAGCCGCAUCCUCCUCUGCGAGACGGCCACGGGCCGCGCGCAGCCCCUGACGUCGGACCACCACCCAACCACGCCAACGGAGAGCAGGCGCCUUCGCCGCUACGCACCGGCCGGGUCCAUGGUGACGGGCGAUAGCUUCGGUGAGGAGCGCAUUGCCGGCCUCGCCAACAGCCGCGCCUUUGGCGACAUCCGAAGCAAGCGCAUCGGCGUGUCGGCCGAGCCCGAGACGACGCGCGUCGAGCUCGGCCCCGCCCAGUACUCGUUCCUCGUCCUCAUGAGCGAUGGCGUCUCGGGCACCCUCAGCGACCAGGAGAUUGUCGACGUGGUCAAGGAGGCUAGGACCCCCGAGCAGGGCGCCCGCAGCGUCGUCGAGUACGCCACUGAGGUCUCGGCCGACGGCGACAACGCCACCUGCCAGGUAGUCCGCCUCGGCGGCUGGGAGCGCAGGUCCGAGGGCGGCCUGGGCAGCUUGGGUACUAAGGAGAUCCGCGAUGCCCGGAGGGCCGAGGCCCAGGACCCGCGCCGUGGGAAGCGCUGA